AGAAAAUAAUUGCUGUACCACAAAAUACGAAAGAAACAAAACAAAACUUUUCAUUCAACUGGCGUUUUAAAAUUAUGAGCAUUAUUCGUUAACUAUUUUUUUAAAUGACUUAUCAUAGUAGUAAACCCCUCAGUUUAUUUAAUAUUACUCUAAAAUUCAUUUCCUCAAAUGUUGAAGAUAUCGAGACUUUAAUAGGAUUUCCUGAAAUAGUUGGAAAGAAAAUUUUUGAUGAAUUUAUUUUCCGUGAAAAACAGUUGGCUGAAGAUGGUGUUCUGUUCAAAAAUGUUUCAGAACUUACUUUGUCCAAAAUAUUACACAUUUUUGUGACAGCUUACGGUUAUAGUGUCUUAAGAACUCUCAAUUUAUCUUACAGUUUAAUUGUAAUAAAUGAAUAUUUUAGCUCCAUUAUAAAACUUCUACCUCCUCUCGUAGAAUUAUGUCUUUGUCAUUGCUCUUUGGGAAAUAAUCAUGAGAUAACUGAGUGUAUUUCUGACAUGAUAUGCUUAAGAAAACUUUGUCUGAAACAAAAUGGUUUAAAAAAUACAGUUAUUCGAAAGAUAUCAAUUCCAUUUAGAAUGUUUGGUAAAGGUCCUAAACACUUGGAAUGUAUAGAUUUGUCAGAUAAUCCUUUAACAGAUGAAAUUAUUCCAUGGUUAAUAGUUUUCAAGAAAUUAAGAUGGAUAAAUCUAAGCAACACUUGUAUUACGGAUAAAGGUAUUAAAGUGCUUAUCAAAAAUGGAUUUUCUCACUAUUCCAAUUUGAAGGAAAUUACACAUCCCAUUGUUACAGAAGGAUGGGCUACUGUGAUUAUUGAAAAUUGGAAAAAUGCCCAUGGCCUAAGGUUAAAGUCUCGCAAAACAAUUAGAGGUUCUCGGUCAUUACUAGAGGAAAAGAAAUACAGUAAUUGUGGGCAUCUGAUUUUAUUUUCAACCAAGAACUCAGGCAGUUAAUCGUAAAACUGCUGAUAUUUUAAAAUGUAUUUUGAUUGAAGACAUUGUUAUUAUUAACUAUACAUUUUGAUUUAAAUAUGAAACUGUUAAAAUGUAAAAUACUUAAUAUUUGAUAAAUUAUACAAUGAAUUAAUAUAUUUACUGCUAUCAAAUGCUUAUAUACUGCAUAAAUGCAUGUACUAAAUUUUUUGUAUGAAAUAAAUUAAUUGUUCUAA